UUUAUAUGGUAAAAUGAUCUACCACUGAUGACAUUGAAAUGGUAAACGUAUUUUCUAAAUUAUAAAGUGUUCUCUUCGUAAAAAUGUUAUUGGAAAUACCAUAAAAUUGCAACUCAUUUGCCACAAUUCACCUGACAUUUAAGUAUCUUUUCUUCUCUACCACGAUCUAUUUUUCCAAAUUCAAACUUCUAUAUUUUACCUUUUUAGGAGUUAAAAAAUACAGAACUCAGAUAGAACAAGAAUUAUGCUAAAAUGGAGAAAUACUUGUCCUGGAGUUCUGUUAACUAGGAUAGAAGAUGCAAUUGAGGCUCGGUUGUACCUGUUACGACAGUCUGGUCCAACUGGAUUCCAUGUAAAAGAACAUGAUAGUGACAAGAAAUAUAAGGUUUUUCUUGGCAGCAUACAUAGCUGCAAUUGUCCAGUAUUUUUGAAAGAAAAGGAGUUAUGUAAGCAUUUACUAUGGAUAUUGAUAAAAAAAUUUCGCAUUCCAAAGAAUAAUCCAGUUGUGUACCAACUUGGUUUGUGUGAACGAGAAUUGAAUAACGUCAUUUAUGGUAGGAAAGAAGCUGAACGAAAAAUAGUAAAAACCGUUUCUGCUGGCAAUGAUCGAGAUGUUCAAAAGCAGAAAAAGAUUGAAGCAGAUGACGUGUGUCCUAUUUGCCAAGAAGAUUUAGUUAAAAACAGAGGGUCAUUAACAUAUUGCAGAUUCGGAUGUGGCAACAGUAUACACAUAACAUGCAUGAAAAUUUGGUCUGAUCAUCAAGUAAAAUCUACAGGUGAUAGUGUAAUAAAGUGUCCAUUAUGCCGAACUGAAUUUGCAAAUCACAAGGUCAUUUUGCAAGACUAUCAAAGGGCGAUUGCGAGAAAAAAGACAAUGCAGCAAAAAGUUGAAAAUAAUUGUAGAAAAUGUGGAAUACAAGUAGUACUCGAACGAAGUUUUAGGUGUUCGUCAUGUUCAAAUUUUAGACUCUGUCCGAAAUGUUUUGAAACUAAAUAUCAUUCUGAGCACGAUUUUGAGUAUUGGAAGAAUUCUAGAGACAGAUGGAAAGCCGCUGUAAGAUAUAAAGCAGACAUAAGUUUGAUGCCAUCCAUAUCAAAACUCUGUAUGAUGAAAACUGGCUUUGUUAAUGAUGAAAAAGAGAGCCCGCUUCGAAAUCUACGUCGACCGACUUUGCGCAAGCAUGAUAGAACGCAGACAGGAUCGCAACCAGAUUUGAGGUACCUUUCGAUUGGCAUAUCUGGAAUGAAACUCCACGAGCAAGUAGAAAGAAAUCCGUCGCCAGCACGAGUUUGCGGUAGCACACGUUUACCUCCACUGUCACUUCAAAGAAAACCUGUCGUUAGCGAUGUUACAGGCUCUGGUGUCAAACGAAGAAAACAUUCCGGCAAAAAGGACAGUGAAAACGAUACGCAGCGUAGAGAAGAUAUCUCACAGAUUCUUGUUUCUUUGCCAAUGUCACUUAACAUAUCUGGAGAAUAAACUGCCACCAAAAAAAAGUUCGUACAUGAAAACCCUUGCGUGUCAGCAUGUUUACCAAAACUUAUUUUUUCAACGUCACCAGUUGUUGGUUUCUCAAUUUGUUUUAAGUUGAGGUCUUCUCAACUGAAGUUUGCUUAUGAUACUUUCGUUAUCAAGUAUCUGGAAAUCUUUAGCUUGCAGGUCAUAUGGCGUUGUUUAAAAAUUGAAAAUAGAAAUAAAUACAGAUAAAAAUAGAAAAGAGGAUAAGCAAGUUAGUCCUGUUUUUUAUGGUAGUUUCCAUUGCGUUUAGACUGGGCGUGGCUUUUUAAAUAGUGUGAAAAUUGUUUGUUCUUUGUGUUUUCUUACCAAGUUCGCGCGCAAUAAAAUUUUGUUUGCCGUAAUAAAUUAUGUAAAAUAUUUUUAUAGCGGGAUUGUAUUUAUGUAUUUAAAAUGAAAAUAUAUAUAUUUGGUGAUAAUAAA